CGUCACUUGCCAUGUCGAUCCGAUACGCGUGCGUGUGCGGCCGGCGCUACCCGCUGGCAGAGCUCUACUGGAGCGACUCGUGCAACAAGCUCGUGUGCCCAUGGCCGACGUGCUCGCUCCAGGAGAUCGACUCGUACUUUUGCCGCUUCCAGAUGGACAACCUCCCGUCCAAGGAGGCGGCGGCCUAUAAGAACCGGUCGGCGCGCACGUUUGCGUGCCCCGACUGCGCGACCACAUUGCAGACGAUCAAGACAGGCGACAAGUACAUCUUCUUCUGCGCCCACUGCCGCUGGGACUCGGAGGCGAUUUUGGCCGAAGAUGACCCCGACACGCUCAUGAUGGUCGCCAACACGCGCGAGCGCGACGACCACAUCUUUGAUACGCUUCUAUCGCACUACCAACAAGCGUCGGCGCAGCACGCAGCGGCGCACCCGACGAAGCCUCUCGCGUUUGGCUCCCUCGCACGGUUUGGCAAGCCCCAUUUUCAGGUCAAGGCGCCAUCGACCUUGGGCUGGAAGAUGGAGCAGCUCGACGAAAAGCUGCACAAGCGCAGCAUCGACAACGUGCUGUCGCCGACCGACCAAAAGCUGGCCGCCGCGCUGCGGGCCAAGUUCCCGAACCACAAGAGCUUCGACUGCGCCGACGAUAGCGACGCCGUCGCCGCGCUCGCGUCGAAGAAGUACAUGUCGACGAUCUCGACGUUGCACCAGCGCUAUCGCUGCAACCCGCUUUUGCAGAGUCGGGACGUGCCCGCGCUGUACCCGUCGCGGCCAGACCUCCGCGUGAAGCGGUCGUGGCGCUGUGUCGAAGCCAUGGCCAAGAACAACCCUGGCAUCCUCGUCAAGCCGCAGAUCAAUCCGAUGACAGGCGACAGCUCCAUGGUCGUGUCGGCGUCGUGGUGGAAGAAGGCGACGCUCGGCAUCCACUUUGUGCCCAACGUGACGAUCCAGACGCUUUGGGCGAACGACCACUGCUGGCUCCUCCUUGAAAACCCCCUCGAGGACGACAUUCUCCUCACGGUUGCCGCCAAAGCUCUCGAGAGCGACGAGGGUCCCCCUUUCAUCCCCGUCGUGCCCGCCGGUCCGCUUGCGAUCGGCGCAUACGAAGAUCCCAACUUGAUGGACACGUCGCCAGCCGAAGUCGCCAAGUUUGACGAUGUGACGUCGGACCCGACAAAGACGGUGCUCACGUCGCGCAACUACGCCAAGUUCAAAGUGCACAGCGAGAACGCGAUGGAUCCCGUUGCGUUCCAGCUCGAGUUUCACAUGUACAAGGUCGAAGACGAGGAGCACAUUGGCGCGGUCACGACUGUCGAAGGCCGCCCGCUGCUCGCCAUCUUCACGAUCGAUUUGGAGGUCCCCAUGGCGGCUCGCGUCUAACCAUGCGCGCUACGAGUCGAGAAAUGAAGUUCAUAUUGCAUGCUCGACCACUCGUAGCAUGCACCGAUUGCAUGCAAGCAUGUGCGAUGCUGGACGCUCGCCUGCAGGUCUCGCAAUCGUUCGCAUCAUCCUUUCUUGGCCACGCCCUCGACGGUAGCACCCCAUGCACUCACGCUGCGCGAGCCGC